UGAUCUACUCUCAUCAUCUAAUUCGCUGGCAGUCGUAAUUAAUAAUUGACCUCUUAUCCCUUCCUGCUUCCCAAACCAAACCUUACACUUGGUGAAAACACAGACGAAAAACGCACAAUCCCAUGGCAAAACCUCAAAUUUUGUGCCUCCUCUGUCUCUCUCUCGUCUCACUUUCCUUCUCAUCGUCAAUUUCAACCUCAAACCCUAAAGUCCAAUCGAAAUCUGGGACCGGGGAAGCCCAUCAGGAGCUUAUUAAGUAUGGAUUCCCCAUAGGACUCCUUCCGACCGAUGUGCAGUCGUUAUCUCUUAAUCACACUUCCGGCCGCUUCUUGGUCAUGCUGGGGGACACAUGUCGCGUGACGCUGCCUCCCGAUAACUACCUAGCCACCUAUUCCAAGAAAAUUACUGGAAAAAUCGUGGAUAGUCGCAUCGCGGAAAUUGACGGGAUCAGGGUCAGGGCAUUCUUCAAAUGGUGGGGUAUCACCGGUAUCAGAUCGAAUGGUCAGGAUUUGGUCUUUGAGGUCGGUGUGCUCUCCGCCAAGUAUCCUUCCAAGAAUUUUGAUGAGGCUCCAGACUGCGAGGGCAGGCGCGCAUCUUCAUAAAGGUUAAUAAUAUCCACUGGACCUCCUGUCAACUGCUUCCGAGGGCUGUAUCACGCAUUCAACUGGAGCAGGCUGGACUCAAUGGAUAAGUUGGUUGUUAGUUUGUUUUGUAAAUACGUGAUGAUCCUUUAUGGAAAUUAAUACUUUAAGAUGCUAAACUCUUUAAUCGCAGACGGUCUUAGUCCUCUCUAUUUCAAGCAGCUUGUAAUUCAAAUCGAGGUAAAAUGUCCAGUUGGAGUUAAAUAAACUAAUGCCACGAUAACAGUGAAGCUGCUCUUAUUGUGGUUUUGGUGUAAAGAGUGGUAUGGUGUGAUAUAAUACUGCUGUUGUCUUACUGAUAUUUCCAACGGUGCUAGACGGACAGGGCCACGUUGGCCCUGUCGAGUGGCCUUAUCCGUGCAGGGGACUGAUGUGGCGCCCCCUUAUAGGUGCCACAUCGCACCCCUGUUCAAACAGGGUCACGUGGCCCUGUUCGAUCUGUAUUUUUC